AUGUCUUUUGGAUUUGGUGUCGGUGACUUCCUCGCAGUGCUGGGACUUUUUGAGCGAAUCGCGAUCGAACUUAAGAAUUACCGCGAUGCUCCAGCACAGUUCCAAAAUCUUUCUGUCGAACUCGACUUGCUACAACGUACUCUCAUGCACGUGGUCCAAGCCCAAAAAGACGAUCAGGAAGACAAGCAGAUUCUUGAGCAGAUACGAGUCAUAGUCAGCCAUUGUCACCAGCCUUUGCAAGCCUUCAUUGACAAGCUACUAUCAAAAGAACGUUCCUUGGGCCACUAUCGGACUGCACGACUCAACGAUGUAGGAAUCCGUAUGAAAUGGUCUAUCGUCACGCAGAAAGAUGUCGAAGAAUUACGAAAAGUCAUGCUCUCGGAAAUGGCUGCGAUUAAUAUGCUUCUGAGCGUGCAGCAGCUGACCAAUCUCAGAAGAUUAUCUGCUCGCUCAAUAGACUCUCGUCAAAGCUCCGACGCCAUUCUGGAUAAGGCCUCCAUGAUCUUGGACCUGGUCCACAAGCUACCUGAUUCAAUCGCCAAUAUACAUCUGGAAAUCGCUCGGAACGGAGAACAACAGAUCACACGGGACACACAGCUGACACAAAUAGUUGCAGGGCUAAAAUCUCAGGUAACGGAAAUAUUUGUUCAGGGGAAAAAUAGUAUGGGGAUAAUGCACACUGGUAAAGCUCAGAUUUUGCGAGGAAUAGCGCGGUUGCAUUCCGUCUUGAAUGACUUGAGGAAACUUCUUUACUUGUUCUCGAAUUAUUCGAAAGAGAUGCUGGAAGCCAUUAGCCAGAACACCCGCAUGCUUCUUGAUAUAGCAGGCCAUAUGAAAAGACUUGCUCGAGCCAUCGAAUCCAUUCCCCUACAUCUUUCGGUCGACAUAAUCCGCCUUGACGAUGCGCUUGGAGAAAGCUGGGGGUUGCCUUUCCAAGCGUGUCAAACAUGGAAUUCGUUCACAGACAUACUAAAGGUAGUUGUCUACGGAAACCAGCGACCGGGAUUGGACUACAUAACACGAGGCCAAUUUCAACUCACUCUUGCGAAGACGGGGCGUUCGAUCGGCCAACAACAUCGGUGGGACUCGACUAUUAGACCAGGUGCCCACAUAAAGCAAGCAAUGGUUGUCCCUGAGCUUCCUAUUUCAAAGGAUACUUGCCCUUAUCCCUCUUGUGCUGGGACGUUAUUGAGCCAAGUCGAUGAAGUUGACAACAUAUGCUCAAAAUGUGGUCGUUUGUCAAGUUCCACGCUUCUUCAUACUCUACCGCUGAAGUUAUAUGCUAGAGUCCCAUCUUCGUACACACCGUUUGACCCUACCACAGGUCAGGUUGGCGUUCAUGCGCGUGGACAGAAAACUAGCAGCUCGGCGAUUGGUCCUGUUCAGCUUUGCGAAAACUCCAUUAGCUUGUUUCGAAGGAUACAGGUAUAUGAGCGGCCGCCUCCUCUAACUUCAGCAGAGGAAGCGUACGAGAAACUUCGGUAUGAUGCAUCUGACUUCCAAGCGAAUUUAUACCUUGGAUGGCAAGCGCUCAGUGAAGGGCGAAUUGAUGAAGCUAUCCAUCGCCUGAGACGGGCGAUAGCGACAGAACCUAAAGAUUGGAUCCCUCACUAUCUUUUGGGGAGAGCCUUUAUAGCAAAAGGUCGUUUUGAGGAAUCAUAUGAUGCGCUGCAACUUUGCGUUACAUAUAGCGGCAUGAUUCCUGAUGUUUGGAUUACGAUUGGGGCACUUUACUUUAAGAUUAAUCAAUAUCGAGACAGUCUUGAUGCUCUAGCAAGAAGCAUCCGAUUGAAUCCGGAUACGUGGGAAUCAUGGUAUAAUCUCGGGGUUCUUUACGACAAUUGUAACAACCAAAGUGACGAUGCACUAGACGCCAUGCAGAGAGCUUUAGAUCUGAAUCCAGCUCUCUCCAACGCGCAUAUCCGAAUGGAAGAGUUAAAAGCAGGGGUCCAUGGUACUAUGCUUACGGAAAUGGUGGAAUGUGGCUUGCUCCAGGCUUCAGACCCUAUACCUACAUACGUCGAAGAUAUGGGAAUCCAAAUCAGUCCUCUCAUUUCUAUUGAGCAUGACGAAGAAUGGGAUUCCGAAAGUAACGAAGAGGAGGAUGUGGAUGAUAGAAGCUAUUAG